GGUGAGUGCCAGAACGGUGGCUCUGAGUGCCUGGGUAACAUGCUGGUGUCAUGCGUCGCUCGGUACAUGAGGAAUCAAAGUGCCGUCCUAUCCUUUGCCUCCUGCCUCACGAAGGACACGGCGCUGCUGAAGGGGGAGAAUGCGACGCCCGUGCUGAAGAAGGCGCUGAAGUGUAUGGAAGACCAACCCAAAGUCUGGAACAAAGUGGCGGCUUGCGUGAGUACUGAAGAGGGUUCGAACCUCCUUAUGGCCGCUUGGAACCGACAGAAGGAGAUCGGAGUCGUAGACAAUGGGAAUCCGAUCGUGGCCUUCAAUGGGGAAGUGGUCAUUUCAAAUGUCGAAGAUCUAGACAAGUUUAAGGAAUACGUUUGCCUCCGCCUCGAGAACAACAAGAAAGUUCAGAGGGCGUGCAGGUACCUCCUCCAAGACACGAAUGUAGUGACCUAAGAGUCAGAUUUGACCUGACCUGAGUUGGACUUACCUCGUAUAACUUACUUCUCUAACCUUAAUUGAGUGAAUGUGAUUUCAAAAGAUUGUUUACACUUAACAAUGUUUCUGUUUUCUUACCUUAAACGUAUAAAGAAAUUUUAAUACAUAUUUUUUUAAAGUGUCUUUUCGUAAUUUGCCAUAAGAAAUUAUCUAUAAUCAUACAAUUUGUUUUACAUAGUUUGAAUCUUUAAAAAAAAUAACACAUUAUCUUUUGUAACUUAUGUCUAUAUUAUUUGAUUGAAUGUUAGUUUUAAUAAUAAAUUUGUUGUUGCAUC